AGUCUGUUUGAGUGGAUUUAUUCAGAUUUGCGGAUAUUUGUAUUUCAGAGAAAUCUGAGUUCUGAUUAUGGUAGAUUUCGAUCCCUUUGAAGUGUCGUCUUGCUAUCUCGUGUCUCCUGGCUAUGUCGUCCCGUUUUGUCGAAUCCAUCGAGUUCUCAAUCUCCACUAUGUUGUUUCCAUGGAUCUCCAGGACGUUUCUGGAGAUUCAGGGUCUAUGAAAACCCCGUCGCCAUCAGUCAUUCUUCUGUUUAUUCCACCCGAUAAAGACGAGCCCAUGGAGGAGAUCCCCAUUAUACAGCUGUUCGGCGUCGAGGACUGCGAGUUCUACUGGUAGAAAAACGGCGAUUACCUGGCCGUCAAAGUGGAGCGUUAUAACCAUAUCAAGAGAAAGGCGAAACAAAGUUUGACUACGGUGGAAUAUUUUAUCAACCUGGAGGUUUUCGCCCAAAUUAAACGAACGGAAGUCCCCGUAGAAUCCAUUAAAACUCAAGAUUCCAUCGUGGAUUUAUCUUGGAACCAGAUGGCAACAAAUUAGUAGUGCUGACUAUUGCUGGUUUAGUAAACUGGCUAAUUUCUAUGAUGGACGACAAGGCGUCAUUCUGGAAUUAGUCAGCAAGAGUCCUUGUCCAUGGAAAAGUUGCAGAAAAAUUAGCGCUGCGGCACAAGGUGGAGAAAAUCUCUUGGUCGCCUAUGGGGCAGUUCGUCGUUCUUCACACGGCUUCCAGUUAAAGCACAGUCGUAUUCCUGACAGUGUGUUGAUUGAGACUGUGUAUGUUUUGCAGCGGAAGCGUCGGGUAUUUAAUUUUUGUGGAUACCGUUAACACUUUCUGCUCUUUGAUGUCCAGUGGGAUCCCACAGGACGCUUCCUCAGGCAGUUACGUCCUCUUCGAAUGCCGGAAACAGGAAAGAUAAUGGAUUUACUCUGUACUCCUUCUAAGGUCGCUGUAUCCGAAAAUAGAAAGUGGAUGGAUUGGGUAUGUUGAGCUGGCGACCGAGAACCGCCCAUUCGAUUCUCCCAGCACAGAAGCUUAACGACGUCAAGAAAAAUCUGAAUAAAUACUCAUCCGAAUUUGAAAUUAAGGAACGGUUGCUGGCAUCGAAGGCGUCGAAGGAAGUGUCGGGGCAACGAAAACGCCUGAUGACAGAGUUUACGGAUUUUUUGACGACAAAACAGCGCUAAUUCGAGCAAGGACGACACAAACGAGGGGCACUAAAACGAGGCUAUAAACUAGGCGACUGGGUGUUUUGUGUGCUUGCGCUGAAGCGGCUGCGGACCGAGACACACCGGUUGGCGUUGGCCAGUUGGCGCGUCCUCCGACAUGGACACGCCACCGCUAGCGGACAAAAAAUUUCCAUUAUCGGAUUUGCCGAGGAGGUCGGUGGUGUGGCACCCACGCCAGAGCUGAUUCCUUCCAAGUUGGAAGAAGACGAGAAUGGAGUGGAGUUUAUACGUGUGAUUCCGGUGGAAGUGGAGUACGAUAUUCCUAGUAUUGCCGAGUCGGCGUGAUUGGUUUCACAAAAAAGCCAGUGCCGCUACGUUGGAUCAAAGGGUGCCGAGUUUCUUCCUCACCGCGCCGGUCGCCAUUGACGAUUUCACCAUUGUUAAAACGUUAACGGCGCGCUUCUUAGUCAACCCGCUUCCGAUUGGUCUGUUACAUAACAAGCGUGCUGAACUGGUAAGUCUUUGCCACAAUUGUUCUAAUUGCCGAUGGGAGCAGAGUGCACUGGACGUCUGGACGGUUAGUUUCAAUUUCAGUCGCAGGCAAUUGCUAUUAAAAUUUGUUAGAACUGACGCAUUUUUCUGCAGUUUAUUAGCGGAGAUAUUAUACUAGUCGCUUUUGCGAUGAACUGAAGUUUCUCAGCAAAAAUAAUGGCGAGUCUAUUGCAGUAUGAGUAUAAGUGUAAUUUCUCUGACUGCCAUUGCACUAUUCGAUCUCCUACAGAACUGAAUUUUUCAUGGGCGUUGGGCAAUGCGAACUGUUCUGGACGUAACGGUUGCGGUCAUUACUUGGCAAUACAUCAUUUAAGUAACUGGGAAGAUCAUUUGCGGCAUCAUGUAGACAGCCACUCUGGACGCAACAGAAAUGAACCGGACCAAUGUGUGAACGGCAAUCCGGCGAUUGUCACAUCUCCGCAAAGCAUCGAUCAGUUGCCAGAAAACAGUCUGGUUGCGACAGAAGAAGCUGGCAGUGAGUCUGGAUUUCGUGCUUUAAGCAAUACCCACAGACAGCCAUCUGCGCAUGCUCCACAUAGUGGGCCGAUGAAUUACCGCGCCGGGGUCGGUGCUGGGUCAGGAAAUCAGCUUCCCGGUGGAAGCGGCGUUGUUGGACAAGGGCUCCGGUUUCUCGGCGGAAGCGGAGGUGUUGAGCAUGGGGUCCGGUUUCCCGGCGGAAGCGGAGGUGUUGGACAUGGGGUCCGGUUUCCCGGCGGAAGCGGAGGUGUCGGAUAUGGGAGCCGGUUUCCCAGCGGAAGCAGAUGUGUUGCACUGGGUGGCUCUCCGUCGUUUCCAAUUAUUGGGUCAGCUGGGCGAUGGGCUGCGACGACCGGUGGACGAAGUACUGCAAAGCGCCCGAACUUAGCCAGUCAUCGGUCGCCAGCAUUCAAUGCACAAGCGCCACCGGAUCCCAUUAAAGAGCCCCAACUCGAGAAUACAUACAAUUUCCGCGUGUAUUUGUUUCGAAAAAGGAACAAAAAUGUGGUUCCGCCUCCAAAAUCGAAAAACGAACAUCAGCUUGAACUGGAGCUGAUGGAGCAUAUGGGACUCAUUCGGUUAAUUGAAUUUGAUAAGCUAACGCAAGAUCACAUCAUGCAGAGCAUUUCUCAGCUUUUUGUGGAUCGUCUGCAAGGCCGGCCUUGGACACUUUUGUCGCGCACUGAAAAGGGGAAAAAGAAAGGAUACUGGCUGUACGCGGCAAAUGUUGUUGAUCACCGGGCGUGGGAAAAGCAAGAAAUGAUUUCUGAAACGGAGGUUGGCGAUGUUUAUCGUCACAUUUUCAUUGCAAUGAAUGACGGGGUCAUCACGGUAGCGCGCGAUAUAGCAGAAACAUUUGCUGAGGCUCGAGGGAUGACCGUUGAGGAAUUACCACUGGAAAAUAUCGAAGAAGCGGUUCAGCGAGAAAACAACCGCCGAGAUGACCAGCAGGCCAGUACAUCCGGCCUUCGCUCAACUGCCCGCGCGGAUGAUGAAGGAGACUUUUCCAGCUUUGGCGGCCGUGGAUCCCACGGCUUCACAGUUGGCAAGCGACGUAACACUGUUGUCGACCUGGACACUCCACCGUCGUCACCGGAGCGAGAUCACCGCCCAGUUCGCUUUGCGGGUGUUCGGAUCCCAGCGAAAGGCCCGCGAAACCGAUCAGAGAUUGUAACACUGAACUUCUCAGACGACAGUGAUGUAGAACCCCUUGAAACGCCGUCCGUAAAAGAAAUUCUGCCUUUAUUAUCCACUAAAGACGAUGCGGAAAGUUCAGAUCCCACGUUAAAGAAAAGAUUUGCAAUACGAGAUCUUCCGGAACCUGAAAAUCAGUACUUGACGGUUAAGGAUAUGCGUGAGCAAUUUUCCGUUAAAAUGACACACGAGUAUCCGAUGGUCAAGUCACAGUUCGUAUACGCGUGGCUUCCGGAGAAAAAUGUGGAAAAUUUCAGCAAUUUCUACUGUGCGCAUGGUGAUGACCUUGCUAAUACGGGACGGUUUCAAGUCCGAAUGGAUGGUGCGGUCGAUGCCGAUGGCCCUUACAAAGAAUUCGGAUCCCGCUAUUGGCAAGAUGCUCGCUAUUAUAAAUUCCCGGAUAUUAACGAGCCCCUUUUCGUGGAAAUAAAUCUGGUGGUGCUGUACACACAUGUUCCCAUUGUUACCGAAGAAGGGCGCGCUGUCUUAAGGGCUUCUGGUUUUAUGUUGCGCGAAGCAGUGAUGCGUGGUGCCUCGUAUCCCGACUGGCUGUCCAGCAGCGUUCUGCGAAGCAUGCUAGGUUUACCCCUUGAACUGAAUGAGGUGUUCCAUUUCGAUAAGGGCGUGGGAGAUAUGAUCGAGCGCAUUUUAUCGGGGUCUGGAGAUUUAACUAUGCGUCAAGAGCCGAUGCUGAAACAAUGGGCGGAAAAUAAUCCAACUUUCCCGUGUAGGGAGCUGAUGAAAAACAGCCGGGAAACGUUCUGUCAGUACAUUGCUGAGUACGAACUGGUAGGCAAGCGAGUUGGAAAUCUCCGCUACGUGUACGAAGGUUUCUUAGCUGGUGGUUUUAUUAAGGAAUUGAAAACACUGCUGCCAAAUUGGAAGAUAAUGGAAGAUGCGCUGUACAAUUCAGUAUUGAUGGGAAACGACCUGUUGGAGCAAUUUAUCGCUGUGGAUUACGAUGAAGCUUCGGCCGAUGAGGUCGUGCUCGCCGCCUGGCUCGACGAUAUCAUCAAAGAUGACCUCUCCUGCUCCGACCGUCGAAAGUUGCUCCGAUUUAUCACAGGCUCGCAUUCAGUGCCGGCAUCUCCAAAGAUUCAGAUCCUUUUUAGCAACGAUGGACGUUUUUUGCGACGACCGACGGCCGGAACGUGUAAUAAUACCCUGCUUCUUCCCUUGGCCUGUCCGAGCAAAGAGAAACUGCUGGAAUUGAUUCGGGAGUGUCUGGAUACGAUGGAUCAUCCCCUUCAAGGAAGUUUCCAGCUUGGCUAAAAUUGAGUUAAGUGGACUGCGUUAAACAAUAUUAGUUGCAUAGCAGUUGUAUAUGCGUGAUAGAAGCCAAAACGAUUCGCUGAUUAAUAGAACUGUUUUCCAGAUCAAAUGAACAACGUGUAAAGGAAUUUAAAUUUUUAUCUAUAACUAUUUGGAUUUUUAACACCUGUAAUUCAACAAUAAGUCACAUAACUUAAUUUAUGAAAAUGCUAUGCGUCCGGAAACACUCCGGACGCAUAGUUAACUCUGCUAAACGCCCGAAAAUUAUGUUAGCGGGGUGCGAUGGGUGUUUAUUUGUUAAUCAAAUCCAUAAUAAUAAUUUUUCUACAAUAAAAUUAACAUGGGAACUCAAGACGUCCAUAAACCAAUGGAACUUAACCUUUACCUGACUACGCGCCAGAAAUCAUAGAACGCGGGCGUAUAAAAAUGACCUUUGAUUUAAAAUAAAACAACUAAGUAGUGUCAUUGUAAAUCGCUGCUGUUUUCAGGGUUUGUUAUGCGGUAACUGUAACUGGACGGCUGUAUGGAGGGAGAAGCUGCGGAUUACUUUUUAUACCUGAUUUGGGUGGAAUAAUCAUUUGAAUUUGGAUUUCGUCCAGCUAGGAUUUGGAUAGCGAGUAGGAUGGUGGUGUGUAAACAUGCCGGCAUCGGCAGUACAUAUUUUGUUGCUUUGGUUUGUGUGUAUGCUUUUUGCGCACCCCUGUUUUGUUUCGAUUUUCGGCACUUUCGCUUACUGGGCGAAAAGCUGACAGGUUUGGUUUAGUGCUGCUUUUUUGGAGGUAAUUUGCUUCGAAUUCGAUUGUGGGGCUUUUUCUGGAAUGUUGAUACUUCUUACCUUUUCCUUUUUGGAUAAGUUAUGGCACCAUGUGAAAUGUGCGGACGAACUGAUGAAACUUUUUCGGUUUUUGGACUGUUUAACUAAGUUUGCCGCUAUUUGGUAACAAUAAAAUUAUCGCAGCAAUUGUCGUUGUGCGGUAUUUCGUUACAAAUCAGUUUUCCCAACAUUAUGGACUGGUCAGGAGUAUGAAAAACGAAAACAAUGUUGAGUUCGACUUAAGAGAACACCAGUUAUAUUUUUUAUGGUUAAUUUUUUUUUUCGUUCACUUUCAGUGACUUUCCAGAGCUGCAUCAUAAUUAUCAGAAAUUCAAAGCCGACAGAAAAAGCUCAAAACCGAAAGUUCAAGCAAAUCAGCACCAAGAUAGCGCACUACUGCAAAGUAUACCAACACAGUAGGCGCCAACUGAUCCCCGAAUGGAUAAAAGCGUUUUCCGGGUUACCAUUAUAGAGGGACACCGUGCGCGUGCUGUCGUCCAGGUGUGUCAGUGUGCCUUCGUAAAGAAUAUGGGCGCGGGAAAAAAAACUGGCCUGUGGUUUAUCCUCACGCCGCGUAUGCUCCGCCAGGACUUCCAGGGCAAUGAGAAUAUCCGGCAGAGCGACUUCGUCGCAAGGAGCGACAAGAGGCACGUGGACGGCUGGGUGGGCUAGGGACAAUCACGCCUUCCUUGUUAUCGGACAGUCGGAUGUUGUGCCGCAAAAUCGGCACCACAGCCUCUUCACUCUAUACAGAAAAAGUUCAUUCAGUACUGUAUUACUUUCCAACUUUACUUUAGUUUUAAAUACUUGAUAA